GUCAAGUUCAUUGCUGACGCCAAGACCGACAAGCUGCUGGGCGCCUGGAUCAUGGGCCCCAACGCGGGGGAGCUCAUCCCCGAGUGCGUGCUGGCCAUGGAGUACGGCGCCUGCACCGAGGACAUCGCGCGCUCCUGCCACGGCCACCCCACACUCAGCGAGGCCAUCAAGGAGGCCGCCCUCGCGACAGCGUUUGGGAAGCCCAUCCACAUGUAA